AGGAAGCUGUGUGGCGGCAGACACUUCAGAGACUCGGCAAAGAGAAGAAUAUGUUCGUCCAUAAGGUCCAACCAGGAGUGCUCCAAUAACAACAACCAUGCUACCGGGGACAAUCAUGCCCCUCCCUGUGAUGGCGCUGCUCGCAUUCGCCAACUUGACGCAGCCCGGCCAGCCCUGGCCUCGGCCGCCCAGCAGCCCGCAGCACCAGCCCGCGGGCCGGUGGAGCACGGCGUCCUGGGAGCCGUGCAGCAACCCGUGCGGCGCCGGCGAGGAGCAGCGCCAGGUGUCGUGUGUGCUGGAGGACGUGUCCGGCACCCUGCUCGUGGCCGCCGACGGGUUCUGCGCGCCGCCCAGGCCCACGGGCACCAGGCCGUGCUACCAGUCCCGCUCCGAGUGCGCCAACGCGUGGGUGACGGGAGACUGGGGACAGUGUUCGGCCAAGUGCGGGGGAGGGCAGCGGUCGCGGGUGGUCGAGUGCCACGCGGGCGCGGGCCGUGGAGGAGCCGAGGGCGCUGGCGCGGCCCCCUCCGGCGCGCCCCUCGCCGUGCUCGCCGUGCCCCUGCCCGACGCCCAGUGCGUGGCCCAGCUGCGGCCGGCCGAGCGCCGCGACUGCAACCUGCACCCGUGCCCCGACGGCCGCCGCCUCUGGCUGCGCACCUCGGACGACAGGAAGCCGCGGCGCAUCCGCCUCUUCUCCAAGUUCACCCUGCGCUGCCCGUUCCACGUCUUCUGGACGCCGGCUGAUGACCGGUCCAAGAGAAAGUACGCGUGGUUCAAGGACGAGCGCAGGCUGCCGCUCCACGAGGACAAGUACACGCAGACCGACAACGGCGAGCUGCGCGUGAAGGGCGCCGACGAGCCCGACAGCGGCAUAUACAAGUGCGCGUCACUGACCGCCAACCCCCAGGGUCGAUCGCACACCAUGACAGUCAAGCUGGAGCGGGUACCCGGGGAGCCCGCGCCGACGAGACGGCCGUUGAAGGUCGAGGAGGACCCUGACGACUCCCCCGAGGACGCCACCGAAGAGACCAGUGACGCCGGUCCCGGCCCUUCUGCUCACCCCACAGUUCCUGCGAAGGUAACUGCCUCGGCCAAGAACACCUCGCUUUCCGAGAUCCCCAACAUAGACGAGGUCGCCGACAACUCGCUGCUCGCGACAGCCGCCACUGCUCCGGCGGGCAGCGCCGUGGGCGACAAGUCUACGGGGAGCGCCGCCGGCUCCACGACACCAGGCCUGGGGCCAGAGCAGCCUCCAUCGGAGCAGUCCCCAGCGGAGCAGCCUCCAGUGGAGCAACCUCCAGCUGAGCAACCUCCAGCGGAGCAGCCCCCAGCGGAGCAACUUCCAACGGUGCAGCCUCCAGCGGAGCAGCCCCCAGCGGAGCAACCUCCAGCGGAGCAGCUGCCGGUGGAGCAGCAGCUAGCGCGCCGCACGGUCCGCAGGCGCGAGGUCGAGGCCUUCGCCACGGACGCUCCAGCAGGCGAUGAUGGCGACGACAACGACGACAGCACCUCCAGCUCGAGCCUCGACGGCGAGAUCAGCGUCCCCGCCGCCCGGUACGAUGCCUCGGCCUUCUCCGGCUGCUCGGCGGCGUGCGGCCCCGCCGGCCUGCGGCAGCGCGCGGUGCGCUGUGUCGACAGCGAGUCCGAGGCCCAGCUGCCGCUCGCCGCCUGCGAGGACCUCGGGCCGCCCCCGCCCCCGCAAGAGGCCUGCAACCGGGUGGACUGCCCGCCCGCGUGGGAGUGGCCCGCCUGGACCGGCAUCAAGUGCUCGCGGACGUGCGGCGGCGGUGCCAAGUGGAGACAGGCCCGGUGCUCGCAGAGGCGCGCCGACGGCACCGACGUCACCCUGGACGCCGCCGAGUGCGCGCACCUGGGUGCCGGCGAGGAGCGGCGCAGCUGCCACAAGGCCCCGUGCAGAGUGACGCUCCGCGAGGGCGGGCUGCUGCGACUCGACUGCGCCGUAGUCAACGGCACUUGGAGGCGCAACGGCAGCGCCGUCAACCUCGAGGACGCCCACAAGUACCUCGCCAACGACGACACGGGCACGCUGCUGGUGUACGACGCGGUGCCCGGGGACGCAGGGCUGUACCUGUGCGACGAGGACGAGGGCGGUGGAAGGAUAUCGACGCACCGUUUUGACGUGACCGUCCUUCCCCCGAUGCCAAUGCCGGUGAGGCCUGGCGACGACGACUUGUUCAUCAGGGUGUGCAACGCGACCACAGAGGCCAGCGAGUCUGGGACCGUUGUCGACGUACCUCUGGAAAACGCGGAUGUUAAGAGCACCGUGAGUCAUGUGGCAGGAGACGAUGACGGGGGUGAGGAGGCCACCGAGGAACCACAGGCGACCGGGCCACCCUUUCCCUGGCAUCGACUGUUCGGCCCAGCGGCGCCAGUGCGGAGCCGAGUCCUUGGCAUAUUCUCUUGAGUCCAAUGCAGAGAGGCCAAUGGGACUAACAAAUGCUUCAAAAUCAAAUAAAAUUGAUUAUCAAAGUUGUAAUAUCAGUCUCUUGAGACAAAAUACAAGUUUAAAAAAAUAA